AUGACUAAUCCCGGUAGUGAUGUGGUGAUCAACUUAUCAAAAGAUGCAAUGGUACAAGGAAAAAGAAAAUUUCUCAGAAUGUACAUUUGCUUUAAUUCAAUGAAGGUUGGAUGGAAAGAAGGAUUAAGACCAUUCAUAGGACUUGAUGGGACCUUUUUAAAGGGCCAAUGCAAGGGGCAAUUACUGGUGGCUAUGGCACAAGACUGCGAUAACUCUUUCUAUCCAUUGGCGUGGGCUGUAGUGGAUAAGGAGACCACUACGACAUGGACAUGGUUCUUACAGUUGUUGGAGAAGUCAUUGAAUCUGAAGAAUGGUGAUAGCAUCACAUUUAUGUCUGACAUGCAGAAGGGAUUACUGAAUGCAGUGGAAAAUGUCCUUCCAUUAUCAAACCAUAGAUAUUGUGUAAGACAUGUUGAGGCCAAUUGGAUGAAGAGAUUUAGGACCGGAGAGAUGAAGAAACUUAUGUGGUGGGCUGCUUGGUGUACUUAUGAAGAAGAUUUUAAGGACCAAUUGAAUGCUCUUGGUGCAUUAUCAGAGGAAGUUGCUAAAGAUUUGGUCAAGUUUCCACCACAAAAAUGGUGCAGAACAUAUUUUGAUACUGUGUGCAAAAAUCAGAUGGUAGAUAAUAAUUUCACUGAAUCCUUUAACUCUUGGAUCUUGGUACCUAGAGGUAAGCCUAUCUUGAAGAUGCUUGAAGAGAUUAGAGUCAAAAUAAUGAACAGGUUGAGAAAGAAGGAAAAAGAGGCAGAAACAUGGAACAUUUAUUACAAACACAGUCCAAAGUGUAUGGAAUUGUUCAUUGCCUACAGUAAGAUUGCCAACUUAUGCAAGCUUGAGUUUAAUGGGGACCUUGGGUUUGAAGUGUCUGAGGGUGAAGAUAGGCACAUAGUGAAUAUUGUGGAGAAGAAGUGCAGUUGCAGGUCUUGGCAGUUGACUGGCAUCCCAUGCCCUCAUGCCAUCAAGGCAUUGCGCUACAAAAAUAUUGAGCCUCGAGAUGAAAUAAGUUGGUGGUACACUAAAGAAGCCUAUCUUAAAACAUACGGGGCCAAGUUGUUGCCUAUGAGAGGUGAACAAUUCUGGCAAGUAUUGCCAGAACAUGCCAUGGACCCACCUGAUCUUGUGAAAACUGUUGGAAGGCCAAAAUUUAAAAGAGAUAGAGAAAAAAAUGCAGCAAUCAAAAGAGCUGGAGAGUGGUCUCACUCAAGAAAAGGAACUAAGAUGACAUGUAGCAAGUGUGGUUCACAAGCUCACAAUGCAAGGUCUUGCAAGUCUAGUGAGGAAGGCAGCAUUUCAAGUCUUAAGAGGAAGAGGGGCAGGACUGAAGAAGUAGAACAAGAUGAAGAAGUUUUUGAUGUCAAUAGUUCAGCCCCUCAACUAACUCAAGAAGGAUUUGAAAGUGACAUAUUUGCACCAAGACAGAGACAAUAUGAACCUUUUGGUCCUACUAGAGAACUUGAAAGUGAUCCUGUUUUAAGGCCUCGUAUAAUUUUUGAAGAGUUAACAAGGCUUAAGAUGAGGCAGAACCAACAAACAAGAUCUGCCAAUAGAGUGAUCACUUUCAGAGGUGAUCAUAGAGGAAUGAGUGAGCCUACAGAUUUGCCUUACUCACCCACUAAAGUCACAUGGAAAGGAAAAGAAGCUAUGACUAGUAAUCAGUUGGAAAGGGCAAGAGAGAAGAUGGUGGGGAAGUUGAAGACCAAGAAAGCAAAUAGAAGAUCCCAAAUUUAG